AUGUCUGAUAGAGUUCAGCAGGAAGGCCAGCUGGGCCCUGAGGUGCUGAGGAUAAGCUCUGGGGCUGCUGAGAGCAAGGACGCACUGGUGUUUGAGGAUGUGGCUGUAGACUUUACCCAGGAAGAGUGGGCUUUGCUAGAUUUUCCUCAGAGGAAACUUUACAGAGAUGUGAUGGUGGAAACCUUCCAGUACCUGGACUCAGAGCAGCGUUAUAAAUGCAAGGAAUGUGGCAAAGCCUUCAGUCAGGCAUCAAGUCUGACUAAACAUAUAAGAUGCCACAGUGGAGAGAAGCCAUACGAAUGUAAGGAAUGUGGCAAAGCAUUUAGUCUGUCCUGGAACCUCAUAGUACAUAAAAGAAAACACAGUGGAGAGAGGCCUUAUCAAUGUAAGGAAUGUGGGAAAGCCUUUAGCGACUGCUCAACCCUCACUAAGCAUAGACGAACUCAUAGUUGGGAGAAGCCUUACAAAUGUGAGGAAUGUCAUAAAGCUUUCAGCCGGGUACACAAAAGAACACACAGUGGAGAGAAGCCCUAUAAAUGUAAAGAAUGUGGGAAAGCCUUCCAUCAGUCCUCAGUACUUACAAAGCAUGUGAAGUGUCACAGUGGAGACAGGCUUUAUGAAUGUAAGCAGUGUGGGAAAACCUUCACCUUCAGUCAGUCCUCAAGUCUGAGUAAACAUGUACGAAGUCACAGUGGACAGAAGCCAUACGAAUGUAAGGAAUGCGGCAAAGGUUUUGGCCAGUCCUCACACCUCACUAUACAUGAAAGAACACACAGUGGAGAGAGGCCUUAUCAAUGUAAGGAGUGUGGGAAAGCCUAUACUGACCACUCAACCCUCAUUAAACAUUUAAGAACGCACAGUGGGGACAGGCCUUAUAAAUGUCAGCAAUGCGGUAAAGCUUUCAGUUGGUCCUCGAACCUCAGUGCACAUAUAAGAUCUCACAGUGGAGAGAAGCCGUACAAAUGUGAGGAAUGUGGUAAAACCUUUAGUCGGUCCUCACACCUCACUGUACAUAAAAGAACCCAUAGUGGUAACGUGGUAAAGCCUUUGCUCAAUCUUCACCCUUAA